AUGCUGGCGCCUGCAACCCUCGUCGUCCUCCUCCUCGCCGUCUUCCCAGGGCAAGGGGAGACCAGCCCAGCGGCGGCGCCGCCGCUGGCCUCCUUCCCAAGAGCGCCACCGCCUGCGCCGGCACAGGCGGAGUCGGGGGCGGAGAAGACCCAGGCGGCGGCCUACACGACACACUUCUUCCCCCAGCAGCUCGACCACUUCACCUUCCGGCCCGCUGCGUCGAGAAUCUUCCACCAGAAGUACCUCGUCAACGACCGCCACUGGGACCGCCGCAGCGCCGCUCCCAUCUUCGUCUACACCGGCAACGAGGGCAACAUCGAGUGGUUCGCAGAGAAUACCGGCUUCCUCCUCGACAUCGCCCCCAAGUUCCGGGCCAUGCUGGUCUUCAUCGAGGUGAGCUCCUCUCAUGGCGCAACAAGCCGAUGGAGGCUUCUUUUCUGAACUGGAGCGACUGGUUUCAGCAUAGAUUCUACGGCGGCUCCAAGCCCUUCGGGAAGGACUUGUACAGAUCGCCGGAGGAGCUCGGAUACCUGAGCUCGGCGCAGGCGCUGGCGGACUUCGCCGUCCUCAUCAGGAGCUUGAAGAAGAACCUGACGGCGGAGGCCUCACCGGUGGUUGUCUUCGGCGGCUCCUACGGCGGAAGUGAGGAGCCUCUGAUUCUUUCUUCUGUUUCCUCGCCUCUUUCUCUCUCUACAUCUCUUUCUCUCUCUCUCAAUUUCAGUGCUGGCGGCGUGGUUCAGGCUAAAAUAUCCCCACAUAGCCAUUGGGGCUGUGGCUUCGUCGGCUCCCAUCCUGUAUUUUGAUGAUAUAACUCCGUCCAGCAGCUUCUACGAUGGCGUCUCAGAGGACUUCAAGGUACAUCGAUAGUCCAUUCUCUCUCUCUCUCUCUCUCUCUCUCUCUGGAAUCUAAUGCCUCUCUCUGCAUCAAUCUCUAAAAGGGUGAAAGCUCGAACUGCUUCGAGGUCAUAAAGGGUAGCUGGGAGGAGCUGCUGGCGAAAUCCUACCAGAAGGAAGGCAUGGCGGAGAUCAGCAAGAUGUUCAAACCCUGCAAGUACGGAACACCCUCUCUCUCUCUCUCUCUCUCUCCCUUGUUUUCUGAGACAAGUCAAGUUAAGGUAGAACAAGGGGUUACAGAGAUUUCGAAGUUCUGACAUGACCAAUGGCUGCUGCUGCGUUGCUGCAGGCCUCUUCACUCCGUCUACUCAGCUCGGGACUGGCUCUGGUCGGCCUUCGUCUACACCGCCAUGGUGGACUAUCCUACUCCGGCCAACUUCAUGAAACCCCUCCCCGCCUACCCCGUCAAAAAGGUUACCUGCCUCUUCUCUCUCUCUCUCUCUCUCUCUCUCUCUCUCUCUCUCUCUCUCUAAUUUUUCUGUGUACAGAUGUGCAAGAUCAUCGAUGGGUUGCCGGCGGGGAUGGACAGGCUGAGCAAGGCCAUUGCGGCGGCGAGCUUAUACUACAACUACACUGGCUCUGCGAAAUGCUUCCAGAUUGAGAACGAGACCGACGCUCAUGGUCUCCACGGCUGGAGUUGGCAGGUCCUCUCUCUCUCUCUCUCUCUCUCUCUCUCUCCCUUGGCGGUGGUGGGAUGUGACGGGAGGAGGUCUCCUCUGCGCAGACCUGCACGGAGAUGGUGAUGCCGAUGAGCUCAUCCAACGGAAGCAUGUUCCCGGCGUUUGCCUACGACUACGCGGAGUUCGCUGCCUCCUGCAACGGGACUUAUGGGGUCUCGCCGAGGCCUCACUGGAUCACCACCGAGUACGGCGGUGAGGUGGGCCACCCCUCUUCUCUCUCCUCUUCUCUCUUCUUGUCUCCUCGUCUCUUCUUCUAUCUCGUUCUGCUUCCGCAUCUGGUUCCUGUGUGGGCAGAGGAUCGAGAGGGUACUGAAGAGAUUCGGGAGCAACAUCGUCUUCUCCAACGGGAUGAGGGAUCCCUGGAGCAGAGGAGGGUGAGCCCACGCCCUUCUUCCCGGUCCUUCCUCUUCUCUCUCCUCCUUGACCUUCGGCUGGUCCUCUAUGCAGCGUCCUCAGGAAUAUCUCCGCCACCGUUGUCGCUCUCGUAACCGAGAAGGGUAACCUCUCUCUCCUCUCCUUCAUCUCUCCUUCCUCUCGCUCUCUCUCUCUCUCUCUAUCUAUCUAACUCUCUCCUCUCCAUCUGUCUAUCUAUCUAACUCUCUCCUCUCCAUCUGUCUAUCUCUCUAUUUUUUUCUCUCAUUCUUUCCCUCUAUCUAUAUCUCUCUCUCUCUCUCUCGCUAUCUGACUCUCUCCCGUCCAUCAUCUCUCUUUCUCCCUCUCUCCCUCUCUCCCUCUCUCCAUCUCUCUCUUUCUCUCCCUCUAUCUAUAUACCUAUCUCUCUCUCUCUCUCUCUAACUCUCUAUUUAUCUCUCUGUCUCUCUCUGUCUCUCUAUUUAUUUCUCUCUAACUCUCUAUUUCUCUCUGUGUCUCUGUCUCUCUAUUUAUCUCUCUUAUCUCUCAAUUUAUAUCUCUUUCUAUCUAUUUAUCUAUCCAUUUCUCUCUCUCUCUCUAUUUAUCUCUUUCUCUCUCUCUCUCUAUUUAUCUCUUUCUCUCUCUCUCUUAUCUAUCUAUUUAUCUCUCUCUCUAUCUAUCUAUUUAUCUAUCUCUCUCUCUCUUAUCUAUCUAUUUAUCUCUCUCUAUCAGUCUAUUUAUCUCUCUCAUCUAUCUAUUUAUCUCUCUCUCUUUCUACCUAUUUAUCUCUCUCUCUCUCUCGCUGACUAUUGAUCGCGUAUCUUUCUCUCUAUAUACGUGGCAGGGGCGCAUCACGUGGACUUUCGAUCCGCCACUGAAGGCGACCCGGAAUGGCUGACUCAGUUAAGGAGCCAAGAAGUGGGAAUCCUUCAGAAAUGGAUCGACGAGUACCGACUCGGGUGA